UUCACUCUACCGUCUCCGCUUUCUCUGAAGGCUUCCUCUUUCUCAUGGGCGACAUUACGGUAACCCUAACCUCACCCGAUUGAGUCUCUGUUUCCCGCCACUCCUAUCCUUCAACUUUUUUUUUCUUUCUUUUUUCCAUCCAACUGCCCUUCUCUUCAUAGACCGGAAAUGCCGUUGAGAUCCGGCCAUGGCAGCAGGAGGCUAACCUUCCGGUCCCACCAACCGCUCGCACGAUCCCCAAUCAGGACACGUCAUUCUCCACGUCAUCAUCUUCCUCCCCGCCCGGCUUCAUCGUGAUGUCCAGGCUGCCUUCAAGCGCCAUCGUUCUCUCGGUAUCCGUCAUCUCUCUCCUUCAAGUACAGUGCAGACGAAUGGUAUAAUGCCUAGACGAAUGGUGGUUCCCCAGCGCACAGCUUCCAGAAAUGUGGGUGCUAAUGUUGAUACUAACAAGUCUCGGGAUUGUGUUUCAUUAAGUCAUGGUCAGUUGGUCAAGGACAAAAUUAUUGCUGGGGAAUCUCAAGAAGAUGCGUCCAUUACGCCACCUUCUAUUACGGGAACUAUCACCAAAACCUUUGAUGAAAAUUUCAACCCAUUUGAUGUGGAUCGAGAUCAACCUAAGGAGGUUGUUGAUCAAAAAGAGAAUAAUCUGAUCCCUUCGCGGGAUGUAGAAUCUCAACAUGUUGAUGGUCAAAGAAAGGUUCAGCUUUUACCUGGACACCAUGUCAGUUCUCAGGGGGCCCAUGAUGGAAUGGCCACUGGAUUGGAGAACUUAUCAUCUCAUAUGGGUUCACUUGCCUUGACAGAAAUGGAAUGGGAUACAGUCAAUCAAGUAGAAGCACAAACUGUGGUAAAUAAUGAGUCCAAGCACCAGCAUUUUCGGAACACAGAAUCUGAAAUCAAUUUGAAGCCUGAGGGUGCAAUCUCUUCUCUGGCAAAAAGAACUACAAUUAUUCAAGAUCAGCUACAUCAGUUAAGAAACUUUUUAGGGCAACCCCUCACUCAAUCUUCAGUUGUGGGGUCAUCAUGUGCUACCACAACAUCUAUACAUUCAUCUUCAGCUCCAAUGCUUAACCUGACAACUUAUUGCUCUCAUUCUCAUUCUGAAGGGGGUUCUCACGUGGCAAAAGAAUCCCUAGGAGAUAUUGAUGUGAAUCAUCAACUUGUAAAUCAAGUGGAUAUGUUGCAGCAACCAUUUCCUUCAACUAAGGAGAUGAACAGAAUGUUAGUUAAUCAAACAGCUCUUCCAGCUCAGGCAUCUACCUCUGGUAAUGAUGCUCAAGGGGAGGUUAAGAAAUUUGACUUGUCCAAAAAGCAAGAAGGAAGCUUGGCAAAUGAAAAUGAACUUUUAAAGGAUCCUGAAUCUUGUCCUCAGUAUAAUAAGUCAACCAAAGGGCAAGAUUUGGCAGGUGAUGUCACUAAUAUACAAUCUCAGGCUCCAUUGUCGAAAGACUUGACUUCAGAUGUCAAGUUAGAGCCUUCUAAAGCAGAGAAGCAGGGGAAGGUUCCAAGUAGUAAAGGAGCAUCAGCACCUCGGAAACGGAAUUAUGAUCCUGACUUGUUCUUCAAAGUGAAUGGAAAGCUGUAUCAAAGGCUUGGAAAGAUAGGCAGUGGAGGAAGCAGUGAGGUCCACAAAGUCAUUUCAUCAGAUUGUACAAUAUAUGCACUUAAGAAAAUCAAGCUCAAAGGUCGUGACUAUGCUACUGCAUAUGGGUUUUGCCAGGAAAUUGAAUAUUUAAACAGGUUGAAGGGAAAGAACAACAUUAUCCAGUUAAUAGACUAUGAGGUGACAGAUAAGAAUCUGCUUCGAGAAGUCAGGAAUGGUUGCAUGUCAAAUAAAGAUGGUAGAGUCAAGGAUGAUGGCUACCUAUACAUGGUACUUGAAUAUGGAGAAAUUGAUCUGGCUCACAUGCUAUCCCAGAAAUGGAAGGAAAUGGGUAGCUCCAAUCAGACUAUAGAUGAGAACUGGCUUCGAUUUUACUGGCAGCAAAUACUUCAAGCUGUCAACACUAUACAUGAGGAACGUAUUGUGCACUCUGACUUGAAGCCAGCCAAUUUCCUUCUUGUAAAAGGUUCUCUAAAACUUAUUGAUUUUGGUAUUGCCAAAGCCAUAAUGAGUGAUACAACCAACAUCCAAAGGGAUUCGCAGGUGGGUACUCUUAGCUACAUGUCUCCCGAGGCAUUCAUGUGCAAUGAGAGUGAUGCAAAUGGAAAUACUAUAAAAUGUGGCCGACCUUCAGAUAUUUGGUCCCUUGGGUGCAUACUUUACCAAAUGGUUUAUGGGAGGACCCCUUUUGCUGAGUACAAGUCUUUUUGGUCUAAGUUCAAAGUUAUAACAGAUCCAAACCAUGAGAUAGCAUAUGGUCCAGUUUCUAACCCAUGGCUUCUUGAUCUCAUGAAGAAAUGUCUUGCAUGGGACCGCAAUGAGAGGUGGAGGAUUCCUCAGCUACUUAAACACCCUUUUCUCGUUCCCCCUGUUCCUCCCCAACCAUCUUUUUCUCAAGACCAAAGCUGUCAACUGCUUCAGCUUAUAGAGAAAGCAUGUUGCAACAAUCAAGAUGCUUUGGUAAUAUGUUCUCAGCUCACUCAACUCCUUAGAGACCCAAUGUCACAGAUAACGUCACAGUCCCUAACAUCCCAAGAACAAGAAUGCAGGUUGCUCUCUCAAAUGUCAAAGCUUUGCUUUCAGCUCCAGGAACAUCUAAGCAAGACAGGGUAAGAGUUGGUAAACACGGGGAGCAGCUAGCCAUAGCAGUUUUUAUGUGUCGUAAACAUGGGAGGUUUUUUUUGGCAUACCAGCAAUUAUGCCAGAUCAAGGUCAUUUUCAGUCCUUUUGCAAUAAUAUGUAAAAAUUACCAUGGUGGGUUUGUAUUCUUGGAUAGCUGAAACAUCAUCCUUCAGCGAGUUCAUGAAUGUAUCAGCCUGUUUUUGAAUUGAUGUGUGCAGUCCAAAGAGUCAAUUCAACUGAUCCUUUAGGUUCAGAACGUUUGUAUGAUAGCAUUUUCUAGUUUAAUUAUGUAACAUUCAAUCCAA